CUUACUCACUCGCUUGCUCAAAGUCUGGAGACAAUCUGCAAAUUUUCUCAGCCAGUCUGAACUCUUUGCAGGAAAGAAAGAAAGAAAGAAAGAAAGAAAGAAAGAAAGAAAGAAAGAAAGAAAGAAAGAAAGAAAGAAAGAAAGAAAGAAAGAAAGAAAGAAAGAAAUGAAAACUCCAUUUCCAACUGUUUUCCUUUUGGCACUGCUUCUUUUUUCUUCACUUUCUUAUUUUUCUGUUUGUCAAGAACUCCAAGAGCAGGAUGCACUCUGUAGGAUUGAUGGAUGUUAUGCAGUUUAUUUUCAGCGCAAAACCUUUUUAGAUUCUUGGAGGAGCUGCAGGGAUCGUGGUGGUAAUCUGGCUACUAUUAAACGUCCAGAGGAAGCUUUAAUGAUUGAGGAAUUACUCUCAAACAGACCCCCUCGCAACGGAGCUAAGUUGAGAAUUUGGAUUGGGCUGCAACGACAACCAAGGCAGUGCUCUUCUACCCGACCGUUGCGGGGAUUCACCUGGGUCACUGGAGACCAAGACACUCAGUUUACAAACUGGCUGAGAGAUGAUUCACCGAGUACUUGCUCUGUACCAAGAUGUGUUGUUAUGACCCAUGGCUUUGCUGCCCAGUAUCAAAGGGAUAACUUCAAGUGGCUUGACGGUUCCUGCACUUUACCUGUGGAUGGAUAUCUGUGCAAGUAUAAUUACAAAGGCAUGUGUCGUCCAAUUGAAAGAGAAGGUGGAGAUGCAGUUUUAUAUUCCACUCCAUUUAACUUAUUUAGCACUCUUUUAACUCAUAUUCCCUUUGGCUCAGUAGCAACAGUUCCAUGUCCUGAAGGACUAAAGGGUGAUCAGUCUGUGCUUUGCAUGCAGAAAGAUGAUGGCACUAUUGGCUGGUCCAAGGAUGGACCCUUGUGUACUGAUCGUCCAAAACACUGGUGUGGACAGAAUAAUGGUGGGUGCCAACAUUUCUGUGUCAACUCAGACAACAGUUAUCACUGUGAAUGUUCGGAAGGCUAUGUCCUUGAUGAUGAUGCUCACCACUGCAGUCCAGAAGAUUUCUGCAGAGAUGGGCCCUGUGAGUUUGAGUGCAUUAGCACUAAAGAUGGCUAUCUUUGUGCUUGUCCUGAAGGAUACAUUCUGGCAGCUAAUGGGAGAGAUUGCACAGAUGUUGAUGAAUGUCUGGAAAAUCCGUGUACUCAGGUGUGUACCAAUGCCCCAGGGACCUUUCAUUGUCACUGCACUGAAGGUUAUGAGCUUCAGGAUGAUAAUCAGUGUCAUGACAUAGAUGAAUGUCAGGAAAACCCUUGUGAGCAUGCUUGUGAUAACAUUGAAGGAUCAUUCUCUUGCCUCUGUAAUCUCGGAUACAGCGUUUCUCCUGAAAAUCCUACUCGAUGUGUAGACACUGAUGAAUGUCAGAUUCCUGGCUUAUGCAUGCAAAUGUGUGUUAACUACCUUGGUGGCUUUGAGUGUCACUGUGAAGAAAAAUAUGAGCUUAAUGCAGAUGGAUUCAGCUGUGACCCUAUUUCGGAGGAAAGCUUGUCAACCAGUCCACCACAUGACUAUCCAAUGGUUACACCUAUCUUCUAUGAGGAAAAAGAAACCUCACUUGAAGAAUGGCUUUCCUCCAGUUCAGAAUCAACUGAUCAUUCAAUAAGCUUGGAAACUGAGGAGCCUCAUUUCGACUGGUUUCCCACAAGUCUACCUUGGCUCACCGAUGACCCUUCUUUUAAAUGGAUAACUACUACUUUUAAAGCAGACUGGUCCUUUCCAUUCCUUGGAUUUAAAUCCACUGAAACUGAAGAUGAUAAUUCUGACAACAUCCAACCAGCUACAAAUGCUACAUGGGGCCAUCAGCCAACAUCCGAGUCUUCAAAGGCUGAAAGACCAUUGUCUGAUCUCACACCGUUUUCAGUGUCAGAAUCUACAGCAAAUUCUGUUUCAACAACAGCCCACAUUUGGACCUGGCUUCAGUGGGCUACCACAACUGAAAAAAGCUUCAGGCAGUCUGACACUACAGAAACUGAGGUGACAAGUAUUGACCCGCUAAACGAUUCACAAAAAGCAAAUGAAGAAUCAAAAUUUAAUGAAGGCCCUAAAGAACACAGAGUUAAUCAUGUCACAGAUUCUCCAGAAUCCAGUAUAUUCACCUUGGAUCUGGACUCCUCUACAACCUUACCAUACCAAAGGCAUCAAGAAGGCCACCCUGGUGUGCCAGAAGACAACAAACCAUUAGAGGAAGGUCAGGCUCUUGGCAUUACCCCCCAUGGGAAUAUAUCUCUUUCUGGAAGCAUCACUCCACUUGGCAAAGCAGUUUACCCAACUAUUGGCAGUCGGCAGCAACGGGAUGACAGCUGGCUCCUUGUAGCUCUUUUGGUACCCUUAUCUAUUUUUGUAGUAGUUAUGCUGGCAUUGGGCAUUGUAUAUUGCACACGUUGUGCUGUUCGCUCUCGUAGCAAACGAGUGACAGAAUGUUACCGCUGGAUCACUAACUCUUCGGACAAAACGGGUUCCGGCAAAUCUAGUAAAAGCCGGGUUUAGGUUGGUGCUAAUUAACUGACUCAUCUGGUGGAGACUUGUAAAUAUCUUGUACUGUACUGCACCACUCCACACUGCUGGGCUGUUUCAGGUAUUGCAUUCACAGUUUUUCACCCUUCAACAUACUGGAGCCAGGCUGGUGUUGUUUUUAUCAAGUGUGUUAAGAAUUAGAACCAAGGUAAGAUAUCCACAGUGAACCAAGAUCUGGAAUUCUGUGUAGUUAUCCACAUGCUGAUUUAUUUGUUUUCAAUUUACUGUAUGGUUGUGGCCGUUGUUAAUUUUGAUUACUGAUUGUAAUUAUUUGUGUCAAUUUUUAGCUUGAUUUCAAUGAUCAAAGGUCACAAAUUGAAUCUGUUCUGUUUUAGUCAUUCCUAAAAAAUAAAUACAGUUUAUUGCCAUUUUUUGUUUAGGUUUGAAAUUCACACAGUUAAAAAAAUAAAGUCAGUGACUUAUUGAGAUA